CACAACCUGCUUGGUUUCUUGAAGUGUGUAUUAACACAGAAGAUUAUCAUUUGCUAACAGAAAAGGAGUGUCUGGCUUGUUUAGUCAGUACAUAGUCCUUUUGAAUAGAUAACCUCCUUUAAAUAUUGACAAGAUAAUUCCCAAAAAGAAAAGAACAGAAGACGUGACCAUUGCAGGGGAGCACCAUGAAUCACAUCAUAGCAUUGAUGUGUCUUCUCGCUGCACAGCUGCAUAAAGGUAUCAGUUGGGACAGUGAAGGGACUGAAUUUAUCACGGCCUUCAUGCAAAACGUUGGAACAUACAAUUACAAUAAUGUCUUCCAGCUUACUGUCACUGCUCUAAAUCCGUCAACAUCUGUCCAUGUAAUAAUUUACAACACAAGUUUUGAGCUCACUCUCAUACUCGAAGAAUGGGAAACAAGAACUGUUCUGUUACCUUCCACUUUAGAACUCCAGGGCACUGCAGUAUUUUCAGACAGAACAGUCAUAAUAAAAUCUACCAAGCCCAUCACUGUAGUGUCCAUCAACUAUAAACAAUACACAGCUGAUUCAUCAACAAUUUUCCCAGUGAAUUCUCUUGGUUCAGAAUAUUAUGUUUUUGCUCCUACAGGAUAUUCUAACAUUGCUUCAGAAUUUGUGAUUAUCAACCAUAAUCAAACAAAUGAAAUCGUUGUCACAUUAUCAAGCACAGUCACUUACAAUGGAUCAUAUUAUCAGCCAGGAGAGAAUCUAACAAUUACACUGUCUGCCUUUGAAGCUGUUCAGUUACAGAGUUCUACCAGUUUAACUGGUACUAGAGUCCAGUCCAAGUAUCCAGUUGCUGUUUUGUCUGGGAAUGCUUGUGCCACUUACAAUUCAGCCUGUGAUAUUGUAUUUGAGCAGCUAAUCCCAGUAAAUGACUGGGGUAGGACCUUUCUGGUGUCUUCAAUAGCUGUUGCAAACUAUACAGAUAUUGUCUCACUUAUUGCUUCACAAACAACUGACAUACAAUAUAUAAUUGGAGGGACAAGUAACAACAUAACUCUUCAGGAAGGGAGAUACUCAGAAAUUCAUCUGCCUUCAAACUCUUUCUUAGCAAUUGAUGCUACAAAACCGAUCAUGGUAAUGUACACCUACACAGGAGGAUCUGGCAACUAUUCAACAGAUCCAUUCAUAAUGAAUGUCAUUCCGUUUGAAUCACUUUCCAGCUCCUAUGUUAUCAAUACAGAAUUUCAUGUAAACAACUAUGUUCGUGUGAUUGCUAAAAUGUCAGCACUGUUAGAAAUCUUCAAAGGCAACAGUACGCACUCAUUUACACCAGCAUGGAAUUCCAUGAAUGGGACCGAUUAUGCCUGGACAGAUAUUGCAUUACCUUCUGUAAAUGAGAGCUUUAUUUUACAACAUUGUUCCUCAUCUUUUGCAGUCUACAUCUAUGGCACAGGAAGUUGGGUGGGCAUUGGAACAACUGCACCAGCGAUAAACAUACCUUUCCUAGGUCAGUUAUCAUGUGACGUUCUUGGUGUGACAGUACGCUCGAUGACUAAUGGCUCAGUUUUUGUUAACUGGACUAACAGUGACUGUGUGUACAGUUACCUACUCACACUCACAAAAUCUGAUAACCCAGCUAUCACUGAGGAGAAAGUGGUGCAAGGAUCUUCUAUAGUAUUUACUGGACCGUAUUUCAGUUCUGACUACAAUUUAACAAUUCAGGCUGUGAUUGAAGAUAAGCAAUGCAUUCCUGUGUUGAAGCAAUUUACACAUUUUGGUGUUGGCUGGAAAAAUGAAGGGACUGAAUUUAUUACUGCCUUCAUGCAAAACUAUCAAGUAUACACUUACAAUAAUGUCUUCCAACUUACUGUCACUGCUCUAAAUCCGUCAACAUCUGUCCAUGUAAUAAUUUACAACACAAGUUUUGAGCUCACUCUCACACUGGAAGAAUGGGAAACAAGAACUGUUCUGCUACCUUCCACUUUAGAACUCCAGGGCACUGCAGUAUUUUCAGACAAAACAGUCAUAAUAAAAUCCACCAAGCCCAUCACUGUGGUGUCCAUCAACUAUGAACAAUACACAGCAGAUUCAUCAACAAUUUUCCCAGUGAAUUCUCUUGGUUCCGAAUAUUAUGUUUUUGCUCCUACUGGUCAUUAUACUUCAAUAUUAGUAUUUGUGAUUAUAAAUCAUAAUCAAGCAAAUGAAAUCCUUGUCACAUUAACAAGUGCAGUCACUUACAAUGGAUCAUAUUAUCAGCCAGGGGAGAAUCUAACAAUUACACUGUCUGCCUUUGAAGCUGUUCAGUUACAGAGUUCUGCCAGUUUAACUGGUACUAGAGUCCAGUCUGAGUAUCCAGUUGCUGUUUUGUCUGGGAAUGCUUGUGCCACUUACAAUUCAGCCUGUGAUAUUGUAUUUGAGCAGCUAAUCCCAUUAAAUGACUGGGGUAGGACAUUCCUGGUAUCUUCAGUAGCUGUUACAAACUAUGCAGAUAUUGUCUCACUUAUUGCUUCACAAACAACUGACAUACAAUAUAUAACUGGAGGGACAAGUAACAACAUAACUCUUCAGGAAGGGAAAUACUCAGAAAUCCGUCUGCCUUCAAACUCUUUCUUAGCUAUUAAUGCUUCACAACCAAUCAUGGUAAUGUACACCUUCACAGGAGGAUUUGGCAACUAUCCAGCAGAUCCAUUUAUAAUGAAUGUCAUUCCAUUUGAAUCAUUUUCCAGCUCAUAUGUUAUUAAUACAGAAUUUCAUGUAAACAACUACCUCCGCGUGAUUGCUAAAACGUCAGCAUUGUUAGAAAUCUUCAAAGGCAACCAUACGUAUUUAUUUACACCAACAUGGAAUUCCAUGGAUGGGACCAAUUAUGCUUGGACAGAUAUUGUAUUACCUUCUAUAAAUGAGAGCUUUAUUUUACAACAUUGCUCCUCAUCUUUUGCAGCCUACAUUUAUGGGACAGGAAGCUGGGUGGGCAUUGGAACAACUGCACCAGCGAUAAACAUACCUUUCCUAGGUCAGUUAUCAUGUGAAGUUGUUGGUGUAACAGUACGUUCUAUGACUAAUGGGUCAGUUUUCGUUAACUGGACUAACGGUGACUGUGUGUACAGCUACAUAAUCACACUCACAAAAUCUGAUAACCCAGCUGUCGUGGAGGAGAUAGUGGUUCAAGGAUCUUCUAUAGUAUUUACCGGACCGUAUGUCAGUUCUGACUACAAUUUAACAAUUCAGGCUGUGUUUGAAGAUAAGCAAUGCCUUCCUAUGCUGAAGCAAUUUACACAUUUUGACUUCUCUUGGAGCAGUGCUGGAACAGAGUUCAUUACAGCAUUUGUACAGAACUAUGAUAAUUCAGAUUUACAGGUUUCCAACUUGGCAAUCACUGCCCUCAGUCCAUCGACAUCUAUUCAGGUUAUGAUAUAUAACACAAGUUUUGAAGCUGCCCUCACACUUGGCGAAGGAGAAACAUCAUUUGUCAAUAUUCCUGCUUGGGCAGAACUCCGUGGUACCAUAUUAUCUUCUAACAACGCAGUCAUUGUAAGAUCUGACAAACCCAUCACUGUAUCAUCAUUUAGCUAUAAACCAGCAACAGCAGAUUCUGCUGAUAUUUUCCCAGUGGAUAUCCUUGGUACAGAAUAUUAUGUUUUUGCUCCAAAAGGAGGUUAUGGGAUGUCAGAGGUUGCAGUCAUUAACUAUAAUCAGACCAAUGAACUCCUGAUGACGGUUUCAGGUACUCUCAUGUAUAAUGGAAUAAAUUACAAUUCAGGAGAUAACAUAACUCUGGUGUUAUCAGCAUUUGAUGUCAUUCAGUUACAAAGUACCACUAUCCUAACUGGAACUAGAAUUCAGUCAGAGUAUCCUGUUGCUGUGUUGUCUGGAAACAGCUGUGACAGGUAUAAUGGUGCCUGUGAUGUUAUGUUUGAACAAUUGCUUCCUGUAAAUAAAUGGGGGAAAAAAUUCCUAGUAGCGUCCAUAGCUGUUCAAGGUUAUACAGAUAUUGUUACUGUUGUAGCUUCACAAAGAACUGAAAUAAGUUACAGCACUGGAAAUUGGAGUAACGGUAUAGAACUUCAUCAAGGGCAAAGUACAACAAUCAGUCUGUCUUCAUCUUCCUCUCUGUACCUCACUGCCACAGAACCAGUCAUGGUAAUGUAUACCUUUACAGGUGGAUAUAACAAUUGGGAUACAGUUGAUCCAUUUGUAAUGAACAUCCUUCCAUUUGAAUCGUUUUCCAGUUCCUACGUUAUCAACACAGAAAACAAUUUCAAUAACUAUAUUCAGCUGAUCGCUGAAGCAUCAGUGAUUUCUGAAAUUCUGCAGAGCAACAAUAUUCUCUCAAAUGCCAGCAUACAAGGCAAUGUUCCUAUGAGUGACUAUGCUUGGGCAAAGAUUGAACUCGGGCAAAGAAACCAAAGCUUCAUUAUAAAACACUGCUCAGCAUUCGCAGUCUAUAUGUUUGGAACCUUGAGUUUUACAGGCUUUGGAACCACUGCACUGGCUAUUAACAAGUUUCAAACAUCUAACAUGACCAUAACGUAUUUGACUAAUGGUUCCAUUCUUGUUACCUGGCCAAAGGGUAUCUGUAUUGACAGCUACUUUCUGCAGAUAUCUAUACCUGACACAUCAAAUGUACUAGAAGAAAAAAUGGUGUAUGAGAAUUCUGCAAUAUUUACUGGACUACAAGCUUGUACUGUGUAUAGUGCAACUAUAUGGGCCAUGUUUGAAGGUGAAAAGAGCCUUCUUCAAACAAAGAAGUUUACAUAUUUUGGGCUACAGAAAUGUAAAAGCUUUAAUAUGACAGUUACGUUUGAUUAUGGUUAUGCACUAGUUACAUGGCCAAUCGUCGGCUGUGUUGACAGCUACUUUCUACAGCUCUCUGCUCUAGAUGGUUAUACUACACUACAACAACAAAUAGUGUAUGGAGGUUCUGCAUCAUUUUAUGGACUACAGCUUUGUUCUAGCUAUAAUUUAACUAUCCAGGCUAUGUUCCAAGGUGAAAACUGCCUUCCUCUGACACAGGAGUUUACAUAUUUUGGUACUCACCUAUGUGACAGCCUUGAUAUGACAGUAACCUCUCUGGCCAAUGGUGCAAUCCAGGCUAAUUGGACUAAUAUUCAAUGUAUUGACAGCUACCGUCUUCAACUUUAUAAAGCAGAUACAUCCACUUUAUUAGAACAGAAAAUUGUCAAUGGAACCUUGGUGAUAUUCACUGGACCUUAUGAUCAUUCAGUUUAUAAUGUAAUAUUAUGUGCUAUGUAUUCAGAUGAACAAUGCCCUCCAGUGGAAAAACAAAUUACACAUUUUGGUAAGUUUAUUCAAAGGUUCUACCAUAGUUUAUUUAUUUAUUGCUGA